UUUAUCAUUACGUCGCACCGAAAAAUGUAGCAUUUCUACUAAUUAAAAGUAAAAGAAACGCGUGAGGCACGCCGCUGCGAGAUUAAAGCAUUCAAUGUCGCUAAUGCGAGAUUACAUUAUUCCGAGCCGCUAAUAUCCACGGUAAUCUAAUCUAAAAAGCUAAUCGAAUCUCGCCAAUUUAAAACGGCGUUCGCGUAAUUUGCAUUCGAUUAUAGCCAGCGAGCGGCUCGAGGAAAGGAAAAAAAGAGGUAUCGGUGUCGCUUCGGUGAGAAAUGAAAUUAUCGGAUGAGGCUAAAUUAUCAGUACGCGCUUCGGGGAUAUGAACUGCGCAGAAUUUCUCGCUCGCGCGUACUUACAUCGCGACUCUCUAAUUUACAUACUGUCGGGGAAAAUCAAUACAAUCACCGGGUAUGUAGAUAUUACCGAGAAUUUGCUGGUUAGCUUCGCAUACGCGGCCACUGGUCGGAUGAUAUCGUCCGGGAGUGUAGCGUAUUCAAUUAUGCGAGACGUUGCACGCGCGCGCGUGCGCGCGUCGCGCCGCGAUGUACAUUGUACGUAUGUAUAUACAUACGUACGACCGAACUGCGGAGUUUUUAGAGCAAGAUAGACGAGUAUCGAGCGGCCGCAGGCCAACAAAGCAAAAGACGGAGACGCGAAGAAGGUACGACGUGCGGCCGCGGAAGGGAGGCAGCGGUUCUUAAAAAAAUCAAUAAUCUCAUUACGAAAUUGCAUGGAGCGCACGAUGUGCGACUCGCGAACGUAUACUGUAAACGGCGAACGAGGUGACGCGCGCGUCAUUCAUCGCACGGUACCGUGCGACGUUGAACCCGCACCUUCGCAUACGACGUAAAUAUAUCGCAUUUCCCGAGCAAACAUCGCCCGCAAUCGCUCGUUGUAUUGCACUGACGCGGACAUCUUUCUCGUUACAGAUUAAUAUUUUUUCCGCUAUUUUUAUUUAAAAAAAAAUCAAAAACAGAAAUAAUCCUUUAAGAUGCGAUGCAGCUGAUUUAUUCGAAUUUAUUGGCUCGGAAUUCUAUAAAAAAUUAUUCUACAAAUAUACUAUUGUAUAAAACAUAUUCUAUAAAAAUGGCAUUGUUUCGGUUCGCAGUUUAUGGACUACAAAGAAAAUAUGUACAUAGAGUUGAGAAAAAAAAGUUUAAUAUUUAACUGAAACAGCCUGUAAAUUUGUGCAAUGGGAUUGGCCGAGGCACCGAGUACGGCCCUGCCGGCUCGUUGACAAAGCUCUCUCAGCUGCGUUGCGUAGUAUCGUCGAGCGCAUUCGCCUGUCGCCUCGACAACCCAAUUGGGAUAGUCGAGCGGUAAGGUGAACGCAAGCGAGGCGGCCAUAGUCGUGCCGGGCCGGCGCUCAGUGUACGCUGCUAUGUUGCAUGUUUGUCGUCGUUGCGUCUCCAGCGCGCCUCGUGAUCGGCCUCGUUUUUCGCUUUCGUCGCACAUCACACGGCAUUACUGUACCGCGAUCUCACACGGCGCACACAUUUACGCGAACACGUACACGCGUAAAUGGUGAAUUUGUAUCUCGCGCGCGACACGCACACGACGUAACCUAUAACGGGUAUAUACGGACGUACGUACGCGCACACAUGCACGUACGAGUGCAUGCCACGCGCGCGACGCGACAUAUGCACGAACUAAUUUAACGAACACCAAUUUAACGUGCAUGGUGAACGUGUAAACGGGAUUCGCGCCGUCUCCACGUGUGUGUGUUUCCACGUUCGACGGCGCACGUGUGUAAACGCGCGGGCGUGCGCGCCCGUGUGAGUAAGACGCGGCGCCGGGAUUGGUCGAUGGGAACGCGUGCCGCUGUGGUGUAGUUCUGUGUUUCGUGCUUCCGUCGUGUCGGUCGGAGAGCGCGCGGUGUGCGCAGUGCGCUCCCCACCGCGUGCGCGUAGUGUGUAACCCCCGCGCGGCCGCCAUCUUUGUCAAGUGGGUAACCUUUGUUGAUUUGUGUGAAAUGUGACGCCGUUGUCGCGAGAUAAUUGGUGAUCGUGAUUACGCGUCCUGUGUGCGGAUACCCGGCUGUGCUGUGCCUACGUCGUGCUGCGGAUAUCACCGAUGGGAUCAUCGCGAUCAGGGUCAGCGCAAUAACCCGCGGUGAGAGCGGUGAGAACGCGAAGAGAGGAGGCGAGCGCUGCUCGAGGACGAGCUUCUGAGCCUCCGUGAAGCCGGAGGGCUCCGGCAGGAUGUGAACGUCGCGCCCGACCGUGACUUCGCCAACCGGCAAGAGGAGGAGAAGAAGGUGGAGGAAGAAGAGGAGGAGGCACUGGCCGUGACUUCAUCGUCGUCGUCGUCGUCGUCGUCGCCGUCGCCGUCUGCGCCGCCGACGGAGACGCGAUGAACGAGAUCGAGUCGGCCGCGACAUGGUCGGCCUGGUUCCUGGACGCGAUCCGGAAGAUUCGCAGUCAAAAGCAGCGGCCGAGCGUCGAGCGAAUAUGCCACGCGAUACGGCAGCAUCACAAUUACCACGAGGAGGAAAUUGCCGAGCACCUGGAAGUCGCCGUGAAGCGCGGCGAUGUGCUCAAGAUCUUCAACAAGGGCCAAUCCUCGUACAAGGAUCCGGGCGGACUGCAGUCUAAACCGUUGAAGGUUGCGAGAUCUACCGACCUCAGCAAGGUUUUAAGCAAAGCCGUACGCGAGCUCGGUGAACGCGAGGGCUCGACCUUGAAGAAUAUCGAACGAUACAUCAGGCAAAGUCACACCGUUGAGGAAGAGGCCGAGGGUGAUCUGAGGACUUCCCUCAGGCUGUCUGCUAAGCGUGCGGUCGAUCGGGGUCUUGUACUUCAGGAUGGCAGACUGUUCCGGCAGUCGGACAGACCGCCGUAUCUCAAGAAACUCAGCGAUGCCGCUCAUGCGCCGCCAGAACCGCCCGCACCCAAGUUGCCGGCGCCGUUACCGAUAUGCAGAGAAUGUCUUGGAGCCACGGUGGCUAGCAAUAAUAACAACACUAAGCGCAAUGAAAAGUUGAGCAAGUGCAGCAUGUGCGGCGCAGCGCUGCAUAAUUCCUGUGCACCACCGGAGCUUUCAGUACUGGUAGAUCGGGGGACAACAUGGUCCUGCGACGACUGUUCGCCAGUUUGCGCUGGUUGUGAGUUACAUCGAGAGUCGCAAAACUAUCUCGUCAAGUGUUCCGGCUGCAUAAAAUGUUACCAUCCCACCUGUCUUGAUCCUGGCAUUGACAAGAAAAAUAAGUCACCCUGGAAGUGCCGGCAUUGUCAAACAGCGCACACGCCAGUAGGCAAGGAAGACGGUAAACGGGGCAAAACAGUGGAUGCGGUCUCAUCCGAUGACACGCCGACAAAUGCUAGGAAGAGGCUCAGCAAGUUGCGCGAGAAUCGAAAGUCGCUGGUAUCCAGAAAAAGCUUGGCGAAUGCGUAUUCCGGCAAGAAGAGCGGUACGGGAAUGGCUCAGGUGGACAGCUGCUCGGACGGUAAUGCGGGUGUUGUCUCCCCUCGUCAACCACCUUUGAUUUCCUCUCCUUUACCACAACCCCCCACCCCACUCGCAGGCCAGGGUAGGCUACUCGAGGAAAAGAACGACAGGAUCUCGAAGGAGAAGCAAAAGUUCUUUAGAUUGAGCGCGUUUAACGCUGAACACAAUAAAUUGAAGCGGGUGGGGGGCGGUGAUAAAUCUAGGCCCUCGCGGAACAUUAGCGCUAGGUCGACCCGAGGCAACACCGUCAAUCCGAAGAAAGUCGGAACGUCUCGAGUGUCUAGCAGCAGUAGCAGCAGCAGCAGCGAGGCCGGUAACAGCAGUGAAAGUUCGGAGGGCAGCGAUAGUAAUGACGAGGAUGACGAUGAGGACGACGAGGAGGGCAAUAGCUCGAGCGAGAGCAGUAAUGACUCGUCGUCGGACGAAGCCCAGGACGGUAAAAUCGAGUCUCCCAAGGUGAAGGCACCGUUCGCUUGCGACCUCAACGAAGACAAGCCGUGGGGCUUUGCCGCUGCCGCCGCCAAGUUGAACGUAGAGUCACCAUUCUUCAGUAGUAUCACGAGCACAUUUGGCGCGCCUUUACCUAAGCUCGACGUGCGCGAUACGCCAACCUUUGACUUGCCUUUGCAGCAGCCCGCCGUCGCCAACUCGUUGGACGGUAAAAAGAAAGACAAAUUAGAGCGCAAUUCGCAGCCAAGCACGGGCUUCACGAGCGCGGAUAAUAAAGUUAAGCCCGGAAGUGGCCAGUUGAGGAGUCUCUUCGACGGUUUGAGCCACUUUUUUUCAGCACCCACAAAUAGCAGGGCGAGAUUAGCCGGCGUGCCGGCGCCGAAUUACGCGCCGGAUCGUAGGAAAAGGCCUAACACGGAAGACACCGCUAAAACAAACAAAGUUCCGAGAGGAACGCAGAGAAACAAGCCGGACAGCUCACCAAGUACGAGUAAACUCAAGGAACGAAAAAAGACUGAAGUUACCGUUGAGACAUCGAGGGUACCGAAACCCGGUAUCUUUGUACCUUCGGACGAGAGCGCGUUUAGCUCGUUUAACGAAAAAUUGCCGAAAAUGACGCCCUCGAACCUGGUGAAAACCGCGGUGAACAGUAAGAGGCACGAGCACGAGAGGAGAAAAUUGUUGAGGGACGCACCGUCGCUCGUAAAGUGCGCUAGUGCUGAUCUACCGUCACCAUCGUCAUUGUCGCCGUCGUCGUCGAGACACGAGCAACAACAUCAGCAUCACUCGCGAAAGAAGCAGGCUGCGGACUCGAACGUGCAGAUGCGCCACCCUGUGCCCGCCAUUGCGAAAUCCUCCGGCCUCGGCUCCGAUUCCGUCAAAUCAAAUCCCAGUCCAAAAUCCAAUCCACGAGCCUGUACUAGCGCCACCACCACCAACACCACCACGACACCCCGCGCGACACCCUGCUCCACCAGGAAGGAAGAGCCAAUUGUGCCGCAAACUUUGCCACCAGGAGUUACACAAAGGGACGUGGAUACUUUCAAGGAGGCACGUGAGAGAGCACUGCGGUUGACGGUUAAUAGCGAUGAGGAUGAGCAGAGCACCAGCGCGCCUAAUGGCAGCGCACCGCGGAACCCCGCAGCUAUAGUGUUCGGCCGUUACGAGGUGGAGACCUGGUACUCGAGUCCGUUUCCUCAAGAAUACGCCCGACUACCGAAACUGUUCUUCUGUGAAUUCUGUCUGAAGUACACGAAGAGCCGAGCCGUGCUCGACAGGCACAUGGACAAGUGCCAGUGGAGGCAUCCACCUGCCACCGAGAUCUACAGGUGCAACGGGUUGUCGGUAUUCGAGAUCGAUGGUAACGUCAAUAAGAUCUACUGUCAGAAUCUGUGUCUACUAGCUAAAUUAUUUUUGGAUCACAAGACUCUCUACUACGACGUUGAGCCGUUCCUUUUCUACGCGGUGACCAAGAACGACAACUACGGUUGCCAUCUGAUCGGCUAUUUCAGCAAGGAAAAACAUUGUCCGGCUCAGCGGUAUAACGUAUCUUGCAUCAUGACACUGCCGCAAUAUCAGCGGCAAGGCUUUGGUAGGUUUCUCAUCGAGUUCAGUUACUUGUUGUCCAAAGUCGAGGGUAUCCCAGGAACACCGGAGAAACCGCUCUCGGAUCUUGGCCGAGUGUCGUAUCAUUCCUUUUGGAAGAGCGUGGUGCUCGAGUAUCUAGAUGCGCAUCGAGACGCCACUGACAUCAAACUAAGCGAUAUUACAGAGAAGACUGGCGUGUCGGCGCACGACAUUGCCACUGCGAUGCAACUGCUCGGGUUCAUCAGGUCGGUUCACUUGCCAGGCGAGGGUAAUCCUAACAAAGUGGCUGUGGUAGUUGAUUGGAGCAAGGUAGAGGCUCACAUGGCGAAAGUGCGAAGGAGCUCUCGCAUCAAGGUGGAUCCCGACAGCCUCAGAUGGAUACCAUUGCUCACGCAGAUUCCUAACCCGUAUCAGGGUUCCGAGGAGUGUGGCGAUACGGGCUCAGAAGCGUCGCCCACAGUGGAGCCGAAGCCUGUGCCGGCGGUCGUUGAAAAGAUACAGAGAGUGAAGAUAAAGAAGAAGCCGAGGGGAAGAAGAAUAGGUCAGAGGAGAUCGGUGCCUUUGAAGCCGAAAACUCCGCAAAGGACUGCGGUUUCUCACAAGGAUACGUCCAAAGAGGAGAAGGAUACUAAAGACACGAGGGAGAGCAGAACGAUGAAAGAAACGAGAGAAUCUACGAGGGAGAGCCGUCAUACGGAGAACACGGACAACCGGAAAGACGCGGAAGCGGAAUCUAAGAACGUGAAUCCUACGCCGAGAAACUCUCGUACUGUAACAGCAUCAGCAAAAAACGUGACUCCAGCGACUAUUCCGCCAAGAGCGGUGCAAAUGACGAUGUCGAGGAGAAGGAUCAGGCCACCCAAAACGCUUAUAUCGGAAUCGGUUAUCACGCCUCUGAGAAAACGCAAACAUUCCGAGAAGACUGAAAUUGAGGAGGAAAGGACCGAGGUCAACAGUAGGAAGAGGACACGGGAAUCUCUGAGGGAGAAGGAGAAAGAGAAAGAACGAGAACGAGAGCGGGAAACGGAGCGGGAACGCGAGAGAGACAAGGAGAGAACAAAGGAGAGGGAUAGCAAAGUGAGAGAGAAAGAAUCUCUGAAAGAAACGUCAGUGGAGACUAGAAAGACGCCACCAAAGUCAGAUUCAUCGCCAUCUCCGCCAAAACCGGCGAAGAAGCAGUGCAAAAUAGACGAUAUUCUGUUCAAGGUUACCAACAGGCAAACCAAGUACUUGCAGGCAAAGGAGAAGAGAGGGUCAGAAGAAACGACGCAUUACAACGGUAAGGAGGAGACGCGUGAUGUUAAAAACUCCACGCUUUCGAGAAGGGGCAGAAGCAAAGUGACAGCGGACGCUUUGAAGAUGCCGCAACUCACGCCAGAAUCUCCCAGCACGAAAAAUAGAGCCGAGAGUCCUGUGAUACCACCUCCGUCAUUGUCUCCACCGCCCGAGUCUGUGAAGAACUCUCCCGUACGAAGCAAGCAGUCGUCUGUGCCGGAAUCACCGCUCGCGAAUCACUCGAGUAACGGGGAUAACAAGAGCGAAAGCACGGAGGACAAUGGACUGCCCGUUCCUACAGAGUCUGAAGUGGUGUCCGCGAGUUCCGGCGAGUACGAAGGUGGUGACGAAGACGAGGGGGAAGAGGAGGAGAUAGCCGCACCGACGCCUAAAACCGUGACGCAGUUAGCCUCGCCUAGCACUGAGAAUCACGCGAAAGAAGUGUGCGAGAACGAAAAGGUGGAUAGCAAGUUGCAGGAAAGAGACAGCGACGAAAAUUCGUCGCAGAAGCCGGAAGUGGAUCCACCAUCAGCAGUUGGCGAUGAUCAGACUGAAACUUUAAACGAAUGUGAUAAGGACUCCGAGACUGACAAGCCCGUCUGCAGUCCGGAGACAUCGAAAUCAGUACCUGAACAAGUUGCUUCACCAAAAGAGGAGAUAGUCGAGAAAUCGGAGAACGCUAUGCCCAAGAAAGAUAGCCGUAAUAGCCCGCCCAAAGAGGAGCUCGUCUGUGAAACGUCAAAGGACACGAAGAUCGAUUUAUCACGACCGAAAAUGGAAGCUUCCCCCGCGGCAGUCACGGAGAAGAAGGAAAUAUGCACACUCGCCAAUACGGUGGUGAUGACGGAAGCCGAGCCGCUUACGCCACAGGAAAAGACGUUACCCACCGUGGAGCAUCAGGAUACGACCUUGCAACUACAAAGUCAGACGGAGGAGCUGAAGCAACACUCGCCCGAGAGCGGCAAGACGACACCGCAUCUAGAGAAUCCGGGCUCGGUGAAGAGAACACCACCGUCGCAACCGGAUCUGCCGUCGAUGGGCGUGUAUACACCCGAUUCGACAACUAAUUCCGUGCACUCGUUGCAUUACGGGCAGUGUGAUCUAGAUGUCAGUCAACUUGGUCUAGAAUCUCCCACAUCCAUAGCUAGCGAUCUAGCGUCGCAAAACAGCGUGGAGAGGCCACCCAGCGCUUUGCCGUCUAUCCCGCCGCCUGUCAGUAGCGUACCAAUUUCGGUUGCCAUGCAGAUCACGACACCUCCUGCAACAUCCUCCGUUCCGGUGAACAUGCCGCCGCAAGUGCAGUACGCCGAUUGCUCGAUGCCGCAACACACGCCGCCGACGCAUCAUCCGGGCAUGCAUUCGAUGCAUCAACCGCACACGCCGCAGUCUCUCCAGCAGCCGCGCACUCCGCAGUCUCACACUCCACAAAGCAUACCGACUCAGAGCCCGCAGCCGUUGCCACAAAGUCACACGCCGCAACCGUUGCCGCAGUCUCACACGCCGCAAAGUAUACCGACUCAAAGCCCGCAACCGCUUCCACAGAGUCAUACGCCGCAACCCUUGCCCCAGUCGCACACGCCGCAACCGAUGCAACUGUCACUGGCGCAAAGCCAGAGCAUGGCACAUAGUCAGUCUCAGCAGACACCAUCGCAGCAACAGCAACAAUCUGCGCAUCAGCAGCAGCAGCAGCAACAACCGCAACAGUCGCAGUCGCAUAGCAAGAGAGCCAGCGGUUCACAAACCACCCAUAGAUCCAGGUCGACGCAGCAGAGCAGUAGGUCGCACCGAGCUACUCCGCCGACGUCUCACAGUACGCAAGCGGCCUCUCAGCAUAGCUCCGCGAGCAGUCACAGCAGUAGCAGUAGCAGCAGCAGCAGCACUGUGGCACACACGACGCAUGUUGCGGUGCCGCCACAGUAUCAGCAAUCACCGUCUAUGAGCGUUCCGUCUGCAGUGCACCCGCACUCGCAUACUCCACACGCCGCACACUCGCAUAACAUGGCGGUGAUCUCGCAAAGCAAUUAUAUGGCGGUGGCGGCGGGCUCGCAGGGCUUCCCUGCGCAGAACACGUACGUAAUUCAGCAUCGCGGCGGCCGUUCUGGCGCGCCGACGCCCUGCACCACCGCCACCAAUUUCUACAUACAAACGAACGCGAUGCACUCGCAUACUCCGGCGCCGACACCGCUCUCCGCUUCGAGUGGCGGUCAUCAAACGACGAAUUCCUGCAGUCUAGCCAAGUUACAGCAGUUGACCAACGGCUUGGAGAUGAUACCGCCUACACCGUCACCAGCGAUGAACCUCACCCCUCCGCCGCCCAUUCCGCACACCAUGACGCCGCCGCAGACCUCGAGACAGCUGCCGACACCACCUCAGGUACCGCUCUACACGAAGAACUACUACAACGUUAAUACUGUUUCUCCUGGUACGCCCGGACCGCCCAGCCGGUCUACCUCCAGAUCAUCCGCGAAUGCGGCCAAUAUGACCUCGCUCACGCAGCCCUAUCCCAGCGAGAGUCUCUAUCGACAAACUCUGGAUCCGGGCGGAACCUGUCCGCAAAUGCAGAGCGCCGCGAGUCGCGUUAGCCCUAACGUCGCCCUCAACACGAAUCUCAUGGCAGCCGCCCAGUACGGCUACCGAGUAGCGCAGCCGGCCACCGGUUACAUGAAUCAAGCGGCACAGCUCGGCGGUUUCAUGAAUCAGGCGAGCCAGUUGCCGGUUGGCGUGGUCAACAUGCCGGCGCCGUAUCCGCAGGAUCCGCAUCAGCAGAAUCCAGCAGCCGUCUAUACUACGUACCACGGCUACAUCAACGGCAGCCUCAUGCAACCGCUCAACAGCACCAUGAGGCCGCGCUAAUCGCCGUGACAUGCCCCAAGCUUGGGCGAACAAGCGCACCUCCCCGCGCGACAAGUUAACGCUCUCUUCUAUACGACCGCCGGCGGCGAUCCAUCCCUCGACUUUCCGUCACGCGGCCGCAAACUUCCUCGACCAUUCGUUGCUUCCGCCAGCUCCGCCGAACCGUUCGCGCAUCAGGCCCGCUCGCGAAGAUAAUUCUCUCUCUCUCUCAUUUCAGUCAAUGAAGAUUUCAAAACGGCGAUGCUCGCAAUGACGCAUCACGACGCGUCGAUGAUUUGGCGCAGCGAUCCUCGAGAAAACGAAAUAUGGCAUAGUAGCGUUCCGGUAGGACUCGCGUUUAGCGAUCACGAUCCAUGAUGAUGCGCGAAUGCAUUUUAGCCCUUCUCCCAAUUUAUUCGGGCAGAAAAUGGUUUUAAAUGCAAUUGCACGCUGAUAUAUUUACAUUUCAGACCUAUUAUCAUACAGAUAUGGAUUUUGUCCAACACUGUCUUAACUGCACACUCACUUUCGGAGAAUGAACAAGAAAUACGAGAAAGUAAUUGAUGUCUUGUACCUUCGCUACCUUAGUGGAAGUACGGUCAUUUCUCUUCGUGUUCGAGGAAGGCUCGUAUUAAGCGGAUUCUUAACUUGUCGACAAAGAUUGCACACAAGGUACAAUUUAAUCGUAGUUAUUGAUCGGUCACUUUUCGGAGGCAUGGGUUCGCGAACUUGUGCAUUUAAAAUAAUCGAAAGAAAACAGAAGAUAAAAUAAAAGCUAUCUUGAAUGGAUUAAUUUCGAUCAAGGUACCGCCCUUCCCUCCUCUCCAAACAAAAGAAAACAAGAUGGAAAAAAAAA